AUGCCUGACAGAUCAAGCCCAGGCCCGUCGGACGACAGGUCUGGCCGCAAGCGACGCGCCGAGGAGGAGACCGACGACCUCCCGCAACCCUACAACGCAAACAAGCUCCAGCCCGCCAAGAGACGCGCCCUCUCUCCGUCCGAACAGCCCCGAAGGCAGAAGCGCCCCGGAAACCGCGCCCGAAUUUCUGAGGCCGAGCGCGAGGCCAUCCGACAGCGCCAGUUAGAGCGCGAGCGCGGAGCCGCCGCCGCCCAGUCGGCGCACGACGACGAGAACAGAUCCCGCGGCAUCAACGAUGUCGUGAGACAGCACUACAACAAUGUGCCCGAGAGAGGCCGCGACUGGCGCACUAGGGACAGCAAGAUCAAAGGCCUGCGCGUCUUCAACAAUUGGAUCAAGAGCUGCAUCAUCCAACGCUACUCCCCCGACGAGGACCACGCCCCCGGCUCCCGCGAGGAGGGCCGCUCCAGCGGCAAGGACCUCCUCGUCCUCGACAUUGGCUGCGGAAAGGGCGGCGAUCUGAACAAGUGGCAGCAGGCUCCCCAGCCCAUCCAGCUCUACGUCGGUCUGGACCCCGCCGACGUGAGCAUCGACCAGGCCCGCGAACGGUAUAGGACUCUUGGUUCGCGCGGCGGUCGAGGUGGCCGGGGAGGUGGCCGGGGAGGAUACAACCGACGACCGCCGCCGCCGCCGUUCGAAGCCCGCUUCCACGUCAAGGACUGCUACGGCGAAAGCAUCGAGAACAUUGAUAUCAUCCACCAGGUCGGCUGGGACCCGUCGCCCAUGAACCGCCGCGGCUUCGACGUCGUCAGCAUGAUGUUCUCUAUGCACUACGCCUUUGAGAACGAGAAGAACGCCCGAACUAUGCUUCGUAACGUCGCUGGCGCCCUGAAGAAGGGCGGCCGAUUCAUCGGCUGCAUCCCCAACUCCGACGUCCUCGGCGAGCACGUUCGCAAGUUCAACGAGAAGGCUGCUGCGAAGCGCGAGGCCAAGAACUCCGAGGGCAACGCCGACGGCUCUACCACGCCUCCUCCCGCAGAUCCCGAGGAUGGCGAGCUCGAAGAGGGUGAGGCUGAGCCCACUGCCGAGUGGGGCAACAGCAUCUACCGCGUCCGCUUCCCCGGCAAGACACCCGAGGACGGCAUCUUUCGCCCUGCAUUUGGCUGGAAAUACAACUUCUUCCUGGACGAGGCCGUCGAGGAAGUGCCCGAAUACGUGGUUCCCUGGGAGGCUUUCCGUGCUCUUGCCGACGACUACAACCUGGAGCUGCAAUUCCAUCGCACGUUCCCCGAGAUCUGGGAGGCCGAGAAGGACGACGCGGAGCUGGGACCUCUGAGUGAGCGCAUGGGCGUUCGCGGGCGCGGAGGUGGUCCGUUGCUGGUUUCGGACGACGAGAUGGAGGCGGCGAGCUUCUACAUUGGAUUCUGCUUCUACAAGGUUUAG